CAUGUAAAGGAAAAAGUAUUUAGAGAGAGGAGCACACAUGCCACAUUGUUUUGAAUAUCAUAUGUUCCAAUUGUAGUCUGGUUUACACAUAACUUACCACCGCAUGAGCCUGAUGUGGUCCAGAAAGCUGUCAACCAUUUUUUACAGAAAAAAGAAGGUGAUGUUAUGGUGAUUGAUGUUCGCUGUGUCCCAAGAAACUAUCAUGCCAGAUAUAAAGCCCGGGAGCGCACAUACUUCUACCGCAUGCUAUCGGGGUCGGAUCCAUUAUCAAUUCUUGAAAAAGACCGUUGCUGGCAUGUUCCUGAGGAGCUAAAUCUUCGCUCUAUGCAGGAAGCAUGCAAAGUUCUUGUUGGAACUCACGAUUUUAGCUCCUUCAGGGCAUCUGGUUGCCAGGCAAAGUCACCUGUGAGAUCUUUAGAUGAACUAAAUGUUACUGAAGUACCAUCAACUCCAUACUUUCCAUCUAUCACGGAGAGGGCGUGGAGUAAUCUAAACAAUGGAGAUCCUCUCGCAUGUUCCAGUCAACCCAAGACUGAGACUGCUGGUGUUGCUACUAAUGUUGGAGAAGCGGAGGGGUCUACAGAUGGUGAUUCUUUUGGUGCAAGGAGACGGCACCGCUGCUAUGUAGUUACAGCGCGUUCCCGCGGUUUUCUGUACCACCAGGUUCGACUGCUUGUAGGAGUACUAAAAUGCGUUGGCACUGGAGAAUUGACGGUUGCAGACGUUGAACGAAUCCUGGAGGAGAAGACAGUGGCUGCAACCAAACCCAUGGCUCCUGCUUCUGGUCUAUAUCUUGCCCGUGUCAAAUACGAGUUUCCAUGAAGACUUAAGUUCACUUCAUUUCCGCAACAAUGGGUGAGGAGUCACCAGAAUGGAUUCCGUUCAGAAGCUGAAUCUUAUAUACUACAGUUCCGGACGCCAUUCGAAUCUUUCUUACAUUAAUAUAUUAUAAGAUGUUCAAUUUUUCUUCUACUUUUUAACCAUAAUU